CUUUGAUACAACAUCCAAUCCACCACACAUGGAUACAAAAACAUCAAUGUACCAGCCCCUCAUUCACGAGCAUCUUCUUUUCUAUUCAGCUCGAUUUUUUAUAUCAACCACAUGUACUGGCUGCGACAGAAUUGACAAUUUCUACGGCGGCUAUUGUUGUAACGAACCUGACUGUUUUGUUUGGUUUCAUAAGGAGUGUGCAGAAGCUCCAUUGGAGAUCAACCAUCCUUCCCACCCUGAGCAUCCUAUCACGCUCACCAAAUUCAAUGAUAUAAAUGAUCCAGGAUAUUGUUAUUUAUGUGGACUUUAUAUGCCGUCUAGAGGGUUUAAUUGCUCUACAUGUGAGUUCAAGGUGGAUCUAGCUUGUGGGAUGAAACCUUGGCCGCCUAUUAUCGAACAUCCAUUAUGUCAUGACCAUCCAAUUAUCUUCAAGCGAUCUCAUAGUUCUUUUUGUGAGGUAUGCAAGGAUUUAAUUCAUAUACAAUCUUAUUCAUGUAUUAAAUGCGAUGUGUACUUCCAUGCAAAUUGCAUCCAACUUUCGAAAGAGUUGAAGCAUCCUUGUCAUAUUAAUCAUCCUCUCAAGUUAACCGCAUUAGAUACACUUACGAAUGACGCCGAGAAGACUUGUCUUCUAUGUUCUGAGACACCAAUAGAUGUAUGUUAUUUUUGUUCUAUUUGUAAUUUCACGACGUGUCUGACUUGUACAAAAAAUCCACCUCCCCUUGUCGUUGAGCAUACAAAAACCCACCAACAUCCACUUACUCGCUUAUCUAAAAGAAUUUCAUAUAUUUGUGAUGUUUGUGGGCUAAAAUGCAAGAAUGAGGAACAUCAUGGGUCUUAUAUAUGUCAUCAUUGUGAUUUUGUUAUCCACGGAAAAUGUAUUGGUUUUCCUCGUGUCAUUAAUAUCAAUCGUCAUGUUCAUCGCAUUUCUUUCACUCAACUUCUCGGCGCUGGUUAUUCCAAAUGUGGAGUUUGCCACCAAAGUAUAACUCAGUAUCAUGGGGCCUAUACUUGCUCUGUUUGCCCAAACUAUGCAGUUCAUUCAGACUGUGCAGUAAACGUAACUACUGUAUGGGAUGGAGUAGAGUUAGAGGGGAUUCCAGAUGAUACAAAAGAUCUUGCAGCAUACAAAGUUGUUGGUGAUGAUUUGAUAAACCAUGUUAGUCAUGUUAAACAUAAUUUAAAGCUCCACAAGGAUAAUUUUGUCCUUUAUGAUCAUAAGUGGAUGCGAUGUGAAGCAUGUAUAGAUCCAGUUGGAUUUGACUCCAUCUAUGUUUGUGAAGAGUGUUGUUUUAUUCUCCAUGAAAAGUGUGCUAAUCUUCCUAUGAAGAUAAAAUAUUUCUUUGACAUUAUUCCAUAUAUUUUGGAAUUUGAAAAUAUUACAGCUGCAAAGUACUGCUCGCUGUGUCAUACAUAUUCUGAUGGUUUUAAGUACUCAGCUGGAGCUAGAAGAAUGGAAGUAGAUGUCCGUUGUUGUUCUAUUUCUGAGCCGUUCGUCCAUGCAGGCCACUUACAUCCAUUAUAUUUUCUUUUUAAUUCCUAUUUGCUCAAAUGCAAUGCAUGUAUGAACGUUACCUAUAAGCAUGUGCUUCGUUGCGAUACUUGUAACUUUUACUUGUGUUUGUUUUGUGCUACUUUGCCUUUAAAGAUAUGGCAUAAGAAUGAUGAACACCCUCUCGCUUUAUGUUGUGGCAAAGAGGCGAGUUGCCAAAUUUGGUGCGAUAUUUGUGAAAGAAAAUCAGAUCCAAGUUUAUGGUUCUAUACAUGCUCUGAUUGUGGAGUCAUAUUUCAUGUUCGAUGUGUUGUUGGAGAUUUCUCACGUAUCAAUGUAGGAAGCACAAUUGAAUGUGGGAGAGCGGGAGAAAUAUUUGAGGCGGUUCCUAACAAUUACAAAACUCGACCAUUAUGCAGAAAAUGCCAUUCUCGAUGUAUGUCUUCUAUCAUCGUAAAAAAAAAGGGUGAAAACAAUGUAUACUUAUGUUCCCAGCAUUGUUUAAUGCUCAUAAGCUUAAGCCUUUAAAGUUAUACUGUAUUUGAUAAUGAA